AUGGUAAUGGAGAAGCGUGAGCUCGUUGAAGGAAAAGUGGAUUGGAAGGGAAGAACAGCUGUGAGGGGCAAACAAGGAGGAACUAGAACUGCUUUGUUUGUACUAGCCACUUUUGCUUUUGAGAAUGUGGCAACCUUGGCCCUCUCGGUGAACUUGACCACAUACUUCAAUGGAGUGAUGCACUUUGAACUAGCAGAUGCAGCUAAUGAGCUAACCAACUACUUGGGCACUAGUUACAUCCUGUCUAUCUUGGCAGCUGUUCUUGCAGACUCUUACAUCGGCAGAUAUAAAGCUGUUCUCAUUGGGGGAUUCCUCGAAUUAGUGGCAUUAGCAUUAUUUGCAAUACAAGCUCACUAUCCAAGUCUGAAGCCCCCACCUUGCGACGUCUUUGAACCAACUUCUCACUGUGAGAAAAUUGGCGGUGGCAGUGCUGUUCUCCUCUUUGUUGCUCUAUAUUUCCUUGCAGUAGGGUCUGCUGGAGUAAAAGCUGCAUUGCCAUCACAUGGUGCUGACCAAUAUGAUGAAAAAGACCCAAAAGAAGCAAAGCAAAUGUCUAGCUUCUUCAACUUCCUUCUAUUAGCAGUGUGUGGUGGUGGUGCUGUCAGCUUAACGCUAAUUGUGUGGAUCCAAGAUCAUAAAGGGUGGGACUGGGGCUUUGGAGUCUCUUCCAUCGCCGUACUCUUUGCUUUUAUUAUUUUUACCGUGGGAUUGCCAAUGUACAGGAUACAAGUUAUUCAAGGAACCACCGCCAUCACUGAAAUUAUUCAGGUGUAUGUUGCAGCCAUUCGUAAUAGAAAGCUUGAACUUCCUGAGGACCCCACAGAGCUCUAUGAGAUUGAUCAUGACAAGGAAGCUGCUAUAGAAGAAGAUUUUUUACCUCACAGAGACAUUUUCAGGUUUUUAGACAAAGCAGCCAUCCAAUCAACAUCUAUAGGAAAAUAUGGAAAACUAGAGGCUCCAAACCCAUGGAAACUAUGCAGGGUCACGCAAGUGGAAAAUGCCAAAGUAAUACUAGGCGUGCUUCCAAUAUUUUGUUGCACAAUUAUCAUGACCCUUUGCCUUGCUCAGCUUCAAACCUUCUCAGUCCAACAAGGUCUCACUAUGGACACAAGUGUCACUAAAUCUUUCCACAUCCCACCUGCCUCACUCCCAAUCAUCCCAGUCAUGUUCAUUAUCUUUACAGUCCCUGUCUAUGACCGGAUUUUCGUACCCUUUGCACGCAAAAUCACCGGCAUUCCAACAGGCAUCACGCACUUGCAACGAAUAGGAGUUGGUCUUAUUCUCUCAUUCAUCUCCAUGGCAGUAGCUGGCUUCUUGGAAGUGAAGCGAAAGGGUGUAGCACGAGACCAUGAUAUGCUUGAUGCAAUCCCAGUCACACAGCCACUGCCCAUGAGCACAUUCUGGCUAUCUUUUCAGUACUUUAUAUUUGGAAUUGCAGACUUGUUCACCUAUGUGGGACUUCUUGAAUUUUUCUACUCAGAGGCACCUGCUGGCCUUAAAUCCGUCUCGAGUUGUUUCCUUUGGAGCUCCAUGGCACUUGGAUAUUUUUUUAGCACUAUACUUGUCAAAAUAGUUAAUGCUUCGACAAAGAAUAGUAAAAGUGGAGGUUGGUUGGCAGGGAAUAAUAUUAAUAGGAACCAUUUGAACCUCUUCUACUGGUUGCUCUCUCUUGUGAGCUUGUUCAACUUCUUUAUCUAUUUGUUUGCAGCUAAGAGGUACAAGUACAGGCCUACCAAUCCUGUCCUCACAAAUGAGAAAGCCAAAGUAUGA